AUCAUUAUCAGUGCCAUGCGUUACAGUGCAUUUUCAAUAAAUACAUCAUAAAUUAAUACAGUAAAAUAAAGGAGCUGCCCACUUUUAACUGGUGAAGAGUGACUCAUAACUGUUAGAAAUGGCUGAAGAAAGCUCUCAAGAGCCGAAGAAGCCUAUGACGGACGAGGAGAGGCUGGCUUUGUGCCAGAAAAUGGACCAGGAGCUUGACGAUUUCAUCAACAGUCUGGAGCGAACGAGAUACACUGAUGGAUGGUCUGAGGAUAAGUGGGAGGAAGAAAUGGACAAGCAUCCAUUCUUCAUGAAGACGGUACCCGAGAACGGUGACAUGUCCGCCCUGGCCGAGGGCCUGGCCAAGCUGAAGUACGAUCCGGAGGAGAACACUGCGUUGGAACUGGCGACUAACUAUAAGGAGGAUGGGAACUUCAACUUCCGUCAUAAGAACUACCGGUUGGCUAUACUUGGGUACACGGAAGGCAUAAAAGUCAGAUGCGAAGACGCCGAAAUGAACGCAUUUUUAUACAACAACCGGGCGGCCGCGCAAUACCACCUCAAGAACUACCGUUCAGCCCUUGCCGACAGCGAACGAGCCCUAUCUUUCAAACCGGACCACGCCAAGGCCCGCCUCAGAGCAGCUAAGUGCGCCUUUGAGAUAGCUAACUACGAAAAAUGCCUCAAACAUUGCAAUAAACUCCUAGAAGACAACCCUAGUGACGCAGAAGCUACAGAACUCAUCGCUAAAACAAAAAAAAAAAUCCUCAUCCAAGCCCGAGAUAAACGAAAGCAAGAAAAGCUAGAACAAGUCAAGCAACAACAGAAAGAUGAGGUUGUCAAAGCGAUUUUGGAGCGAGGUAUUCGCAUUGCUAACUGCGAUGAAGAAGAUGACCUAGAUUUGUCUAAGUUAGAACCUAGUAUGCCUGGAGCUCAUGGUAAUAUGGUGCAUUUGGAGAAUGGGAAGCUACAGUGGCCGGUCCUGCUUUUUUAUCCUGAGCAUCUCUUAACGGAUUUCAUUGUAGAUUGCCCGGAGGAUGUUCCGUUAGAAACUCAGUUGGAAAAAGUUUUCCCCGCUCCAUGGGACACUCAAAACAAAUACGGAACAGAUAAAGUAAAUGUGUAUUCAGAAGGUUAUAACAAGCUUCCACAUAUCAUAGAUAUUUCCAUGGAUUUGGGAGAUAUAUUGAAAAUGAAAUAUUUUGAGGUGAAAGGUGGGACUCCGGCCUUUGUAGUGGUGCCUCGAGGUAGCCAAGUUGAGAAAAAGUUCCUUUCAGGAUAUUUCUCUUAAUCAAAGACAAUAUCUUUCAAUUGGGCAACUAUGUUAAAAUGGGCCUAAAAGUUCACGUUUUUUGUUGUAGAGUGUGGACAUGCCUUAAGUCACGUAUACAUUAUAAACCAGGUUUAUAAACAAUGUUUCGUAAUGAGUAUCAUACAUUUUCUGGGAAACUUGUUUAGGAACACUGUUUAUAAAUUGUUUAUAGUGAAUACGUGGUUUUAAGAUUCAAUUGACUCUGAACUGUGUUUCCAGAUUGUUAAUAGGCUAUAUCUAAAAUAUUUAGGCCAAGUUAAAACUUGAAUUAAUUAAAUAUUUAGUUUAUAUAUCUGUUUGAAAUUAAAUAUUUUACUAAGAGGUUGGACACGUUUUUUUAUACUCGGAAAUCCAUUUGAUGGGGAAGGAAACUCUAUUUCUAAGUUAUUUUUAAAAAAUAUUUGCAGUCUAUUUGUAAUAUAUUUGAUCCAAGGAUGCGUUAUUUUGUCAAAAAAUAUGUUUUUUCAAUGUGUUUUGACUGCAUUCCAAAUAUUUUGAGUAGAC